GAAGAUUAUAGCACUAAAUUAGGGAAGUUAAUAAUAAUUAAUUAUCAAAAAGAGCAUUUAAACAUCUAUUUUAUUUCUAGACUGUAAUGUCAACCUCAUAAACAUGGAUGAUCAAACAAAUAUUUCAGAGAUUUGCUUGUCUCAGAUGCUCUUUGUCGGCACAUGCUACUGUUCUUAAAUUCUGGAAUACAUUUUUAGCAGAUGCCAAGAAUUUCACCAUUAAAUCUUGAGCUUUGUAUAUUAAUCGAGUCUUGUAAAGAAAGCUUACCCGCUUGAAAUCUAAUUGAGUGUGCUGAGACUCUCCGAUUUCUUUCUUGUUUAGCUUCAAGAAACUACUUCUGUGCUAGGAUUAUUGGUUGUCGAGGAUAAUGGUGCAUGAAGAAGGGAGGAGAGACAGGGAGGAGUUCGAGGGAGAAGAGUAUGAAGUUGAGAGGGAGCUCGAGGAAUCACGAAAAUCGUCAUGGAAAAGGCUUUUCUCCGUGAUGUGCAGAACUGAAUCCUCCGAAAAUCCCAGCGUCGGAAGAGACAUUGUGAGUGGAAGCAGAGGAGCUUCACGUUCCCAAUUGAAGCAUUUUGUCAUUCAUCCUGAUAAUUGGUGGUAUGUUUUAUGGACAAACUUUAUACUCCUAUGGGCGAUUUACUCGUCAUUCUUCACUCCCAUGGAGUUCGGGUUCUUCAGAGGCUUACCGGAGGAUCUUUUCCUCCUUGACAUAGCUGGACAGUUUGCCUUCCUCAUUGACAUUGUCGUGCACUUUCUCCUUGCCUAUCGAGACACACACUCCUACCGCAUGGUCUACAACCGCAAGCUAAUUGCCCUCCGAUACUUGAAAUCUCGGUUUUCAGUUGAUUUGCUGGGUUGUCUACCAUGGGAUGCUAUCUUCAAGGCUUGUGGAGGAAAAGAGCCUGUGAGAUACCUAUUAUGGAUCAGGCUAAGUCGAGCAGUAAGAGUGACGGAAUUUUUUGAGAAAUUGGAGAAAGACAUACGAAUCAAUUAUCUCUUUACAAGAAUUGUAAAACUCAUUGUUGUUGAACUCUACUGUACACAUACAGCUGCCUGCAUUUUCUACUAUCUUGCUACUACUUUGCCUGCUUCAGAAGAAGGUUUCACAUGGAUUGGAAGUUUAAAGAUGGGAGGUUUUAGUUACUCAAAUUUCAGACACAUCGAUCUUUGGAAGCGUUACAUUACAUCACUUUAUUUCGCUAUUGUGACCAUGGCAACUGUUGGUUAUGGAGAUAUACAUGCAGUGAAUGUAAGGGAGAUGAUAUUUGUGAUGGUUUAUGUCUCGUUUGAUAUGAUUCUUGGUGCUUACCUACUCGGUAACAUGACUGCGUUGAUAGUAAAAGGAUCAAAGACUGAAAGGUUUCGAGAUAAAAUGACUGAACUUAGAAAAUACAUGGGUAGGAACAAUCUUGAAAGGGGAAUAACAAAACAGAUCCAGAAUCAUUUACGGUUGCAGUAUGAUCGUCGAUACACUGAGACUGCGGUUCUUCAGGAUAUUCCUGUCUCCAUCCGCUCUAAAAUCUCGGAGAAGUUAUAUGAGCCACUUAUUAAACAAGUCUCUCUUUUCAAGGGUUGCUCAUUGGGAUUCAUUAAGCAGAUUGCAAUUAGAGUCCACGAAGAAUUUUUUCUCUCAGGAGAAGUGAUUAUAGAACAAGGAAGGGUGGUGGACCAACUUUACAUUGUCUGUCAUGGUGAACUGGAGGUAGAAGGAAGAGGGGCAGAUGAUGAAGCAGAAGAUUUUCUUAUGCGUCUACAUGCCUACAGCUUAGUUGGGGAAAUUUCUUUUCUCUGCAACCUUCCCCAUUCUUGCACCAUUAAAGCCCGCGAAUUCUGCAGAAUCUUACGAAUCGAUAAGCAAUCUUUCACCGAGAUCCUGGAGAUAUACUUUUUGGAUGGAAGAAUUGUCUUGAACAACCUACUUGAGGGAAAGGACUCCAAUUUACAGAACAAAGUGUUGGAAUCAGACAUUAGCCUUUCUAUUGUGAAGCAUGAGUUAGAGCUGGUUAUGAGAUUGAAUUGUGCUGCUCAUGAAGGAGAUUUUUAUCAACUGAAACGCUUAAUCGAAGCAGGAGCAGAUCCAAGCAAGAGAGAUUAUGAUGGAAGAUCUCCUCUUGUACUUUCCUUAACCCACUUUGAACAAAUUACUUCACCAACAAUUCUAUCUUGUUCUCAAUCAUUAACACAUUUAUCACUCUUUGAUUCUUUGCAGCAUAUUGCUGCAUCAAGGGGGUAUGAAAAGAUUACUGAAUUCCUUAUUGAACAAGGAUUGGAUGUAAAUAUUGCAGAUAAGUUUGGAAAUACUCCCUUGCUUGAGGCUAUCAGGAAUGGGAAUGAUCAAGUGGUCGAUUUACUAGUUAGAGGAGGAGCAUCAUUGAAAAUUGAUGAUGCUGGUUGUUUUCUCUGCAUGAUCGUUGCAAAAAGGGAUUGUGAUUUGCUGAAGAGAGUUUUGGCCAAUGGGAUUAAUCCGAAUUCUAAAAAUUACGAUUAUCGAACAGCUCUUCAUGUUGCUGCUGCAGAAGGGUUAUAUUCAAUGGCAAGUUUACUUUUAGAAGCUGGCGGCAGUGUUCUCUCAAAGGACAGGUGGGGGAAUUCUCCAAUUGAUGAAGCACGUAUGGGGGGGAACAAGGGUUUGAUCAAGCUGCUUGAAGCUGCUAGAAAUUCUGAGAUUUCCAAUUGUGGGAGACGAAGUGAAGGUGCAUCAAUGGAGAAAAAGAAGUGCAGUGUGUUUGCUUAUCACCCAUGGGAUCCAGAAGGGAGAAAAGAGGGAAUUCUAAUGUGGGUACCAAACACCAUGGAAGAGUUAAUCAUAGCAGCCAAGAUUGAGUUUGAUCUUUCAGAUGAUUCCUAUUGUAUUUUAUCUGAAGAUGGGGCUAAAAUACUUGAUAUAAACAUGGUGACUGGUGCCCAAAAAUUAUUUUUGGUAAAUUUAGGGAGCAGGUAAUUCUAUAUAUAUAUAAUUUAAUGAAUGUAAAAUUUGAUGUAAUUAGCAAUCAUGUUUAGUGGGAAAGAGAGAUUGGCUGCCAUUUGAAGGAAGAACCAAAGUUGUGUGCCCGA